GAUUCUCAAUUUCGCAGUGACGUGUGACGUGUUUUCAAUUUUCUGUCAUUUUGAUACGUACUAGGUUAUUGAAAAUACCGAGAUUUAUUUACUUUGUUGCUAAAUCAUGACGUCCAUCAGCGAAGUUGAUGCGGUGCCUAAUAAAUCGAAAAAACCAUCGGAUAGUGCAUUUAAGCAACAACGAUUACCAGCCUGGCAACCAAUACUCACAGCUGGUACAGUUCUACCAACGUUCUUUGUGAUAGGAGUUGCAUUUAUACCAGUUGGCAUAGGAUUACUUUAUUUUUCUGAUGAAGUUAAGGAACAUAUUAUAGAUUAUACUAACUGCAACUCCACCAAUAUUACCAGAGAUGAUGGGUUGCCUAAGAAGUGUGCAGAUGUAAUUGCAGAAUGUAAUAAUUGCUCAUGCACAUGUGAAAUAAAUUUCGAGCUAACUUCAGAAUUUGCUGGCAAAGUUUACAUGUAUUAUGGCCUGACAAACUUCUAUCAAAAUCAUCGUAGAUAUGUAAAAUCUCGAGAUGACAAUCAACUGUUAGGACAGUUGCAUGAGAUUGUUUCGAGUGAUUGUGAACCAUUUGCCUAUGAUAAAAUAAACGACAAAGAUACAGCCAUUGCUCCAUGUGGUGCUAUUGCAAAUUCGCUUUUUAGCGAUGAGUUGACACUAUAUUCUGCAAAACAUGGUGGACAAGUACCAUUAUUAAGAACUGGUAUAGCUUGGCCAUCCGAUAAAAAUAUCAAAUUCAGGAAUCCAGAGGGUAAUUUGAAAGAAGUAUUCAAGAAUUUUGCUAAGCCUAAGAACUGGACUAAACACAUUUGGGAUUUGGAUCCCAUUAAUGAAGAAAACAAUGGUUUUCAAAACGAGGAUUUAAUUGUAUGGAUGAGAACUGCCGCAUUACCCACUUUCAGAAAACUCUAUCGUAGGAUUGACCAUUCUCAAGAUGGCUUUAAGAGCGGUCUAGUUCAAGGAAACUACACUCUUAAAGUUGUUUAUUCAUUUUCAGUAUCCUCCUUCUAUGGAAAGAAAAAGAUGAUUUUAAGCACAACUUCACUUUUGGGAGGAAAGAAUCCUUUCCUUGGCAUUGCUUACAUUGUUGUAGGGAGUUUGUGCUUAUUGCUGGGCAUAGGAUUACUCAUUAUACAUAUUAAAUGUUCCAAGAGCAAACUAAUGUAAAGACGACUACAAGAAAUUAUUCUUAGGGCACCCAUGUAUGUCUUCUCCGCCGAUAUGAUCGAUGUGACUCCAUCUACAGAAUAUCAUUAGGAAUGAUUCGUUUACUUAAAAUGAACGUGAUUUCAUCAGUAUAUAUAAGUUAUUGAUUAUCGUAGAACAAGUGAAUUUUUUAUAUUUAACAUUGAAUUUCGUUUGUCAUAAACGGAUAAAUACGGUAAAGCAACAAACUAAUCAAAAAUUUCUUAUUUAAGAAAUAAU